AUGGUCAUCCUUAAACUAGCAAGCGAAAUUAUCGAGGAUGGGAAUCUAAACAAACUGAAUUCCCUAUUAUCUAUGCCCCUGACACAAGAGUUAGUUCAAACUCUAAGAAGGAUUUUUUUAUAUCUGUUAGAUAAAAAGUUAUUUUCCAUUUCAUAUGGAUCUGAAUGGAAUUAGUGGAACUUGAGAAAAAACAACAACAGAUAAAAUGAAAGUAAUUAGGUUGACAACUUUUUGAAUAUAAAAUGGAGUGUCUUCUUGAGACUUCUAUUCUAGCAUUCCUUCUAUGAUGAUUUAUUAUUAAGCAUUUAACAAAGCAUAGACUGUCCACCCUAUGUAAGACUUGUGUAAACUUCAGUUGAAAAAGGAAUAGAAACCCCCAUCCAUUCAAAUUAUUUUGAGGUGUUGCAAUACCUCCCUCUAGACUUCGAAAAAUUUAUAAUAUUAUUAAAAAAAUUCCCAUUAAUUGAAUAAAGUGAUGCUGCUCAAUUUACUAUUUUUAUCUAAAAACAAUUAUCGAAGAUUACAAAUGAUUAGGAACGACUUUAAUUUUCAAAAUUGAUUAAUACUCACUUGGUUGAUAAAGUGGACAAUCCAUUAAUUUUAGCUGACUUUUUGUAAAAUAGCAUAGAUAAUGGAAGUUUAGAAUUGAAAAUACAUUCUCUCUAAUCCUUAUUGAUUUUAAUUACUAGAUUUAAUUACAAUUUGGAAAAUUUUUAUGAAAGAGUAACAAUAUCUUCAUAUUCAAUAGUUAAUACAGAUUAUUAUAACUGACGGAGCAUUCGAAUGUUCUUCUAAAUCGAAAUUAUUGAAAUUGAUAGAUGUGACAACAAAAUCUUCAAAGGUCCCAUUAUAAACCCUUGCAAGAAUAAUUCAAUCAGUACUCAGAGCCUGUCUUAAAGAGUCCUGUUCUUUGCAGUUGGCAGCUACUCAACUCAUUUUCAACAUCUUCAAAAAGCACAUACAAUUAAAACAUUUCCUCAAAUAGGGAGAGUCUCAGAUUGUGGAGAUCGCAUCUUAUUAGAAGUAUGUGAUGUAAAUAAUUUAGUCACUGGCAUCCUGAAAUUAAGAGGAUAAUAUCCUAUUUAGAUGAUGACUUAAGUAUUUUCGAUUAUUUUAAUCUAAACGAUGUAAUCGAAUUGUAUGACUAAUAACUGUUAGAAGCAUAAUUUUGA